UUAUUACCUUGAAGAUAUGACCAUUCACUCCAGCAUUUAGGUCUGUUGUAUGAAAGUAUCAAUAUGCUACUGCUUUGUGCCAUCAGUGCUGUCCUGGUCCUUUUCCCAGACCCAUCCUGUACAAGCUCCGAAAUGGUCCAAUUUGCAAACUUCAUACAGCAGUUUAACAAGAGCUACAGCCGUCCUGAAGAAUUUUUGUACCGCCUAUCUGUAUUUUCCAAGAACAUGGAGGUGGCAGCUCGUUUACAGAGAGAUGAGAUGGGAACAGCAGAGUAUGGUGUGACCAAAUUUAGUGAUCUCACAGCUGAAGAAUUUAGGAGUUACGGAAUAAAAUCCAGUAUUGGUAUGGAUUUAUCCAAUCUAAAGCGAGCAACCACAUCAGCUACAUUUCCCUCCAGUCGUGAUUGGAGGAAAAUGGGAGUUAUUUCAGAAGUGAAAAAUCAGGGGCAGUGUGGAUCCUGUUGGGCAUUUGCAGCAGUUGGCAACAUUGAGGCACAGUGGGGAAUUCAAGGAGCUCCUAGGAACCUCUCAGUACAACAGGUUAUAGACUGUGGUCCAUGUGAUGAUGGCUGUAGAGGAGGAUACACAUGGGAUGCAUACAUCACUGUUCUAAAUGAAGGAGGAUUAGUUAGUGAGGAAGAAUACCCAUAUUCUGCUGUAAGAAAAAACUGCAGAAAAGAUCUCACAGCUAUAGGAUGGAUCUAUGAUUUUCAGAUGCUUGCAAAGGAUGAGACAGAAAUGACCUCUUAUGUUGGAAACCAUGGAACUCUGACAGUAAUUAUCAACGGUGUAUUGCUACAGCAUUACAAAAAUGGAAUCGUAGAUAAUCUUCCCCAAAACUGCAAUCCAGAUUAUAACGAUCACGCAGUCUUGAUAGUAGGAUAUGUUAACAGUGAAAGAUGUAGAAUAUGUAUGUGUGAGGACCUGUGGUUGGAAACAGUAAGUAAGAAGUUGUGAAGUGAAACUAGGAAAAGGUUCACAUGCUGUUCACUGCUGGCUUGGAAUAAACUAGUUCUCUACAAGAUUCAUCUGACUAUUCAUCAUUGCUUCCACAAAAUCUACACCCUCUCUGCCACAAUUCCUGUCUCACAAGGAUUUUUUUGCCAAACCUUGCAUGGUCCAGCAUCUCCUGUUGCAUUCUUUAUGCUAAAAAAAACAUUAAAAACCCAAUAUCGAGAGUGGUAUCCCCUCAUAAU